AGGGAGGAGAGAUGGAGGUGGUGGUGCCAUGGGAGCACUGGGUGUGCUCUCAGUGUCUGCUGGAAAACCCUCAUGCUGUGUGGCUCAUCAAGUUGAGAUGUUUCAAACCACACCAACAUCGCCACCAGUAUGGGGGGACACUUGUUUCAAUUGAGCCAAGUGCAAUGAGACUGGUCCAGAUGAGACAUCCUCCACCAAAUAUUGAGCGAAAAAAGGCACCCAUCCGACUCUGCCAGGCACGACAAUACUGCCAGAGAAAAGAUUCAUGUCAAUUUCCCCAUUCGGAGGUGGAGUAUCACACAUGGGACUUCAUCAGAAAAGUUUUCAAAGAUCGACAACUGAGGGAGCUGCUGUGCACUUCAAGACUGGUCCCACAGUGUCCGUCAACUGAAGUAUGUGCAAAGUGCUAUGAAAGUGCAGCUCAGUCCGACAACACCCGCUGGCUAACCUGGCUCGAGUGUGGGCAACUGCCUGGCCAUGAAGAAGAGAAUGGAGUCACACUUAUUGUUGGCACCAACAACAAAGUGACGAAUGUCACUGAGCUUCCUCCAAGUCUAUAUGGCUGUCAUCCUCAGCAGCUGGCUUUCUGUGAGAGGCUCCACAGGCCAGGUGGCUGUCCUGAUGGAAACAACUGCAACAGAGCUCACUCUAUCGAAGAGCUAGAGUACUGGAAAUGGAGUCUUGUUCAUGGAAAACUAGAGCAGAUUCAAGACUACACUGCUCUCCGGGGGAACUAUAGUUACUCACCUGACGAAGGCUUUCUUACUGCUGCCCAGGUGGGGCUCGAUGAGAACCUACUCCCUGAGAACUAUUUUGACAAGUUUCACAAGCUUAUAUGUCUUGAUGAGAUAGCACAUGGUCAGAAAAUGGCAUCACUGUGCAAUGGCUCAGUGACUGUAGAAAGGUUCAAGAACAAGCUGAAGCUACAUGGAAUGGAAGGAGCUGCCAUGGACUAUGCUAUUCAUGGCCACGCCAUAGUUCACAUCCCAUUGGGCCAGUCUAGUAUUGACUGUAUGGUGCUAUACAGAGACAGUCACAAUGAUACUCUUUUGGUUCAAAUGCCCUCUGAAAGACUCUCAGCUUUACCAAGAGGCCCUGCGUACGUGCACUUUGAAAUCAAUCACAAAUAUUUUGAAGGGUUACACAAGGCUGUCAAUUGCCUACACCAAUAUGCACUGCAUAAGCUCUUUCCAAGUAAAAGGCUGUUGAAAGAAGUAAUCACAGGCAAAGAUUUAAAUUGGAAAGAAAAAGCCGCAAUAAAAGAAUUCACACUGGAUGGAGAAUACCAAAUGAAUGCUCUACAGAGAAUGAUAUCCUCAGAUCCCAGAGUUCCAUUUCUUGUCCUGGGUCCAUUUGGCACUGGGAAAACACACAUCCUAGCUGCUGCCGCAUCUGCAUUGCUUUGCGAUCCAAACUCCCAUAUUCUGAUUUGUACUUAUCAGCAUCAAUGUGCAGAUAGCAUAUACAGUAAGCUCUACAAAAGGUACCAAAACAAAAUCAUGCGACUAGUACCAAAUCAAAACAUCGCCGAUCACAUCCAGUAUGGCCACGAUGGAGUUGUACUAAUGAGUCAAGUCAAAAUAAACGACCUAGCAAGGAAACGAGUAGUUGUGACAACCUUUCUCACAGCCACCAACCUAAAACGACUUGAAGUCAAUAGCCCUAGGCAGUUGUAUUUCUCCCACAUCCUGAUCGAUGAGGGGGCCCAGGCCAGAGAGCCAGAGUCACUUGGUGCACUGGCAGUUGUAAAAGAACAAACAAAAAUUGUCAUUGUUGGAGAUCAUAAACAGACUGGUCCCGGGGUGGCUGUGCUGAGUAACUUGGCACAAAAGCAGGAAUUGGGGGUCUCUCUUUUGGAGCGCCUAUUCAAGUUGUACAAGUCGUACAAAAUUGGUGGCAGCAUCAGGAAUCACACAGCGUCCCUUCUCACUAACUACCGCUGCCACUCCAGUAUCCUGGCCUUCGCCUCAAGUCUCUUCUACCAGCACACUCUCCUCAGUCGGAGCUCCAGUGAGACACACCCACUGGCUCCCUACCCACUGGUCUUCACCUGUACCAGCAUCGACAAGAACUCCAAGAAUCUCCCAGAUGAGGAUGUACACGAGGCGAAGGGUGCUCAUCGAAAAAGUUCAGUGUUUUCUCAGACAGUGGCCAAAGAGCAGCGCCAAACAAGUCGUAGGAGUUCUAGCUUCCACAAGAAAACAGGUGUGUAUGUUUAUUUGUAUAGUCUGUUCAGUCUCUGUUAUGUUGGUUUUGACCAGGUGGAGAUCCUAAGGAAGGAAAUGAAGGAGAAAAGAUUAUAUAGUGAACACCUACCGUGUAAAGUCGAAGUCAAACCAACAUACCUCAUUCAAGGCUAUGAAUUUGAUGCAGUAUUUCUCAGCACUACCGAACCAACAAACGAAAAUGGUGACCCUUCUGACCCAGUUCGCAGCAUAAGCCAUGAGCUGGUUUUCAACACCAUCAUGACGAGGGCUCGCUCACUCAUCUGCUGCGUUGGAAAUCCAUUCACUCUGUGUCAAAUCGGAGAUAAAUAUGAGGUCAACUGCUGGAAGGAAUACCUGCAGCGAUGUGUCCAAUGUGAGACACUCCAGUUUGCACUCCCUGAGAGUGAGGCCAAAGGAAAAAACGCUGCAAAAGAAAUUCAAGAGCUGGUGUUUCCUCACAGCAUCAUUAAUGAAGCAACUUCUUUUAAACUACCACACAAUGCUGACACAAUAGUUGCCCAGUACAUGAGAGAAUUGAAUCACAGAAGGGAGUUCAGAACUGGACGUAAACUUGUCCGUAAACCAGGAGGAGAUGUAGACUGGAUGGAAGAGAAUGAACACACUGAUGAGAAUGUUGUUAUUUGUCGACUGGAAUACUCAUUCCACAACAAGGCAAGGGCAGUUCCUCUAGAUCCGUCCCAGCUCCAUUCCCAAUACAAGGACACGCUAACCUGA